AUGUUAAGUUGCGAUAUCGAUACAACAGCUGAUGGACACAAUUUUUUGGGAAUGAUCCCUAAAAUGUAGUUAUCAAGCACUUGUGAAAAGGUAUCUGUAUAGCGGAGGGAUAUUUUACAGUACAACAAUAAAGUUUAAACGAACAAUAACAAUAAAGUAACAGUACACCAGUUAACGGUUAACUUAAAUCAGAAUUUAAUCAUACAAAAUCGCGUUUGGCAUUUUUUCCUUCUUAAAAAAAAUUACCUCAUUAAAAUAAAUUGAAACUCACCGAAAAGUCAAGAAUUUAUGAAUAUACAAAUACGAAUCAUUUUAAAAGUUAACCUCUGAGCACAAACUGUCUCCAGCCUCACUGAGCAGUCCAUCAUCAGUGUGUGUGCACGGGACUCUGCAGGUUUCUACGCCUCACUUGGCUCCCAGUUGUUGCACAGACGUACCUACAAGUCUUAAACUGAGAUUCAAAGUGAGCACGGAGAAACUUUCCCAGUGUGUGAAUGUGAAAACAUCCUCUGCAGAGCGAAGCUCAAACAUCCAAGUGAACACACGCAACACAUUUAUGAGUGCAGGGGGGCUUUAAAAGACAAACUACUGUAAGAUUUAGCCAACUAAUAGAUGUAGAGAUUGUGAGAAAUCAAGUCAAAGAAUCGUGUACAUGCCAGCACUGUUCCAAAUCUGUGAGGAGACGCUGUCAGAUGUGAUAACGGAUCUGGAGGAGGGUCGUGAGGGGAGGCUGACACAGGAGAGGAGGCUGGGAGUGUGUGUGAAACAGAGGCGAGCCCACGGCAGCUCAGCACAAACGUGCGUUGGAUCAGCGGUGCGACUAUCAUAUGAUGCUUUCUCCUCUGUUUGCAUUCUUCAUGGCAUUCUGACGGCUUCAGUGAUCUCAUGGAAUGCACAUGGGAAUUUUUUUUUUUUCUUCAAGAAAACACUUGGCUCGACCCUGCACUCGUCCGCUCUCUCUCUGCGUGGGCUCAUUUGAAUGAACUUUGUGGCGGAAUCACAGGCUUGUUUUUGUGCAUGUCAUGGUGUUUGGGAUGUGAUGGCACGGCUGGAUCAGCGCUGCACCGGAGGUGAGGGAAAAUGCGGAUACCGUUUUUGAUCUGGAUUCUGCAGCUUGUGAGUCUUACAGAAGGCCUGGACGACACAAAGGUUCUGCGAUACAGACGUAGCUCCACUGCGAGCAGAUCGUGCCCGGCCGGUUGUGCGACAUGCUCGGCCCUCAACGGCUGCCUGUCCUGUAAACCUCGCCUCUUCUUCCACUUGGAGCUGGACGGGAUGCGUCAGAGGGGCACCUGUCUGUCCUCCUGUCCCCGGGGCCACUACGGCACGCGCUCCCAGCACAUCAGCACCUGCACCAGGUGCAAGGAGGACUGCGCUUCCUGUUUCAGUGAAAACUUCUGCACACAUUGUCAUCCGGGUCACUUCCUGUUCCGGGGCAAGUGUGAAAUCAGCUGUCCAAACGGGCUGACAGCGAACGCGGCGCUGAGAGAAUGCACAGAGUGCUCCACAGGCUGUGAGGUGUGUGUGAGGAGGAACGUGUGUGUGAGGUGCAGAGCGGACCUGUACCAUUUCCACGGACUGUGCCAUCCCAGCUGCCCGAGGGGGUUUGAGCCUGAUGUGCAGCUCAUGCACUGCCUCCCCCAAGUGCACUGUGAGGUCGGGGAGUGGACAGAUUGGGGCCCGUGUGUUCGGAGAAGGAGCAUGCGGGCCUACAGGAGGGGAGAGGAGACGCGUACCCGACGGGUCCUACAGUCCCCGAGUGCCAGCGGUGACCCCUGUCCACAUGUGUCAGAGACCAGGAAGUGUGUCAUCAAAAAGAGACCGAAGAGUCCAGUUAGGUUGUGAUAAGUUAUCUGUUUAUAUUACAGAGAUAUUCAACUUGUUAUUGCACAUUCUACAGUGUCUGGUAAUUUAAAGACGUCCUCUAAAAUAAAAACAGAUUUGUCUCUGGAAUCUAACAGGAAUAGAUAAAAGAAGUGGAUUGAUGUAACAAAUGAAUUUUUUUACAUCAAUAAAUUCAGCUGCAUCAUUUGGCCUCGUCUGGACUUGGCUGGCUGAAUCUGAAGCUGAAUCUCAGUCAUGUUCAAGAUUGAUGCCACUUGUCUCUUGUUUUAUAACCUGACUGUUGUCGUCUUAUUUGUAAUUUAAAAAAAAAUAGUUGAGAGAAACAUAUUUUUGUCAUUAGCCUUUUAUUUGAAAACUGGAAAAGAAAAACUGCUACGUGCUGUUCAGCCAACACUUACUCCAUCCUCUUACCGCAGAAGACAUUUCGAUAUAUGAAACUAGGAAAAACACAGUUAUAAAUCAUAAAAUAAAUGAUGUCUGGAUUUCCUUUUAGCUGCAUUCGUCUCAGGGUCCCGAUGUUUUGCGUGCUGACUCACUGCCAUACAGUCAUCGCUUCACAUGACACACGACGGAACAGAUCCAUGAUGUUAUUAAUAACACCGGUGCCAUUCCAACUGUUAAAAGUCAAAAUGUCUGCUGUGAAAAGCCACAAUACAUAUGUAAAAAACAUAAGAGAGCAAAAGUGUAUAGUAAACAAAUGAUGAGGGCUGAAACAGUCUCAGUAAAUAUCAGAAUUAUAUUACUAUUAAUAUUCAUCACGAUUAUUGUUAUUAUUAUUAUUAUCAUAUGUUACAAUGUCUGUCAACAACAGUAGAAUUACAGUAGUAUUGUUAUUGAAUUGAUAAGAAAAUGCACAUGGCAUGAUAACCAUCAGUUUUCAUAGUACAAUAUACUACACAACCAAAUGUCUCAAGAAUGAGUGUGCACUCGUGUCAAUCAUGUCAAAACCUCCCUGUAUAACACACUCAGAGUGCUGAAAAUAAACAGCUAUACCCAAAUUUAAUACAAUCUUCAUUUACAAUAAAGACAGUGUAUGAGGAAAAAAAAUAUACAUGCCAAAUAUUAUUCAUCACAAAUAAACAAUCAUCUAUUGAAAUUAUUGGAUGGACUCCAGUUUAGUUGUAGGCUAAUUAAAUGUCUGGGAAUCUUGAAAACAAACAUAUGGAGAAUUAAAAGCCCUCUGUCAAAGACUGUUGUUCAGUCUCAUUAAAAAGAAAUGUCAAAACUGACAAAAUUGGAAUGUUUAACAUUGUAAAAAAAAAUAUAUAUAUGUAUAAAGUUUUGCUUUGAUUUAAGUUUAAAUAAAGUUGUUGUUUUUUAA